AUGAACGCUCCCACACCUCUCUCACCACUUACAGACCCAGCCUCGCUCGCCAAAGUACCAAUCCUCCUCGUACCCGUUCACUUACCUUCCACACCAAUUCCAUCCAACAUCUAUAACUCGUAUCAAAAUCUCAUCAAGCGAUAUCAGACUUUGAGGGGUGAUGAGCUAUCUCGACCAUUGACUUCUCGAAAUAGGCAAUCUACCUAUGGAGGUAACUCGUAUGAACUACCGCCAAAUCCCAGGUUACGGUUCUUUCCUCCUUCGACUGGGAACAGCAUAUCCGUAUCUAGAGGAUCAACCACGAAUCAUGUCCAUCUGUCAUUUAGUGGGAAUGCUCCUGCUACACAUACCUAUCCAUUAAGUUUACUUAGAAUGGCGGGAUUUCCAUUGAUAGUAUUGGGUAUAGCUGUUGAACCUGAUGAUGAAGUAGAGGCACAAGAGUCGAAAGGGUAUAGCGUCGAAGAAGAAGAGGGGGAAGGAAGUGGGGAUAUAACGGAUGUUUCAACACCUACUGCACCGACUUUCAACCAUCAUCCACAGAUCUCUUUGGAGCAAAAAGUCAAUCCUGAACAAUCAUUUGAUGAGACUAUAUCAUCCAUUUUUCCUUCUACAUCCCCAUUCCCGUUGGUGAAAAGACUACUGGUCGUACCUAAUCAGUUGCCCAAAUCGCCUUCUUCACCUAGGAAACAGAGUGGCCAUUCUUCGGAUAGCAGAGGGAGUGGGAAAGAUAAAGGUUAUAUGAGGUAUGCUCCGAUAGAUGGGGCGGAAAGUUGGAUUGGGAGGGUACUGGGUGAGGUAGUGGGCGAACUGUUAGGUGAAUUAGGUGAAAUUGCAACCGCCCUCGAAACACCCGCUGGAAUGCGUACCCUCUCGUCGACUCUCCUGCCAUCCUUGACAUCUACCCUUCCUCACCCUGAGCUAGGUAAUAUCCUAGCAUCACAGCGUUCUAACACACCUAGUGACUACCCUUCUCGAGCCAGUACAUCCACCCCCACCGGUGUACCGCCCUCUCAGUCUCUCGAUCAUCUAAAUGGAAUGGGCAUAUCUUUAACCAGAGCACUAACGCCCGGUGGAAGACCUACUUCGAUACAACCUCCUUCUUUGCCGCCCAUACAGACGAGUUCUAUUUCCCCUUCACCACAACCUCAACCCGUUGCAGCUUCUUCCAACCCAUUCAGACGAUCUACCGCCCUCUCUUCCCCCUUUACUAGGACUUCUUCUGCUACCUCUGCCUCAUCGUCCACAUCUAAUGUCCCCCAAGUGACAACCACCAAGUACACCAAUGCGACGUUAUCGGGAGUGGCUGGUGGUAGACUGAUGAAGCUGCUGGGUGAUAUGUACCUCCUUGCCGGUCUAUAUGGAGAUGCGAUAAAAUGUUAUGAUGAGGGAGCCGAGAGGUGCAGGAGUGUAGGCGAUGUUCUAUGGGAAGGGAUGGCUAGGGAAGGUAGAGCAGUGGCAGGUAUAGGUGAAGCUUGGGAAGGUCGAGAUGGAUCAAACCUCGAUCAACCCUUCCCAUCAUCCCCUAUACCAGUCGAAAUCCUCUCUCACUAUCUCUCGGCACUAGCUUGUCUUUCCCGCUCACCACUUCCUUACCCACCUACCAUCCUCUCUCCUUCCCCUCAAGCUGUAUCAGGCUCAAUCUCGUUCCCUGCCCCAUCCGGCAGCUCGAAUCCUUCUAAUGUAGGCACGGGCGAGGGUCUACUCGCGUAUCUGCAUACAAGCUUAUCGCUCAAGAUCGCUCAUUUCCUCUUAUUGGUCUGGGCAGCUGGUGGAUGGGGCUCAAUAGCACUUUCAUCCCUUAUGACCCACACUUUACCUGGAAACUUCAUCCCUCCACUUCAACUUCACGAGAAUAUUGAUCAUCAUCUUAGAAGGAAAAGGCACAGACAAUUGACUAUAUUAUCCACUUCAAGUGGGAUGUCCAGACAGAGUAUCUUCGCCCACGCGGAAAAUGCUCUUCAGCCUUAUCAUCGAGCUAUGACCAAGACUGAACAGGUCAUCUUGCACAACGAGGCUAUAUGGCUGAGUAGAUGGCUAGACCUACCCAGGAAAGAAUCGUCAAUAACGAGAGAGCUGAUCAAGAGGCUGGCUAUACUGGUAGUGGAAGGUAGAGAAGAGAGUAAACGAUCUGGUGGUUUCUCUCAUCAAAAGAUGAAGACACCGACGAUAUCAGCUGAAAAUAAAAGUGAUGAAGCUUCUUCUGCAGCUAUUGGAUUGGGACUUGGAUUCUCAGUGCCUAAUCAGACUGUCGCUGUUAGACGAAAGGAAUCGACUGAGGGGAAUAAUGGGAUUAUAGGGUUGUUUGAAAGAGCUGCUCAGGUCAUGGGUAUUGACUUAUUAUCGUUCGGUUUAACACCACAAUCGAAUGGUUGGGAUGAUCACCACCACGAUCAUGAUGAUGAUGGUGUCGAAGGAGGGAUUACAAAACCUAGAUUCGGCUGGCCAGAAUUGCAAGUUGAAUUUUUGAAAGAGGGAAUAGCGAUAUCUGAAUCCUUACCUGAUCACCCCUCAAUCAUCCGCCUAUGUCUCACAGCGUUAAACAACCUGAAUGGAUAUUUGAACCCCCAAUCACAACAUAUGUUGAAUAAGAUGUAUCCCAUUUCGUUAGCUACGGUUAGAAGGAGAGGAAUAGAGAUUGGACAGGUACCGUGGUGGAUUGGUGAGAGGGUUGUGUUGAGUGUGGAGAUUGCUAGUCUACCGCCGAACAAGAUACCAAUUGAACAUUCCAUCAAUGAGAUAUCACCGAUGAAAGAAGGCAAAAAGGAUCCGUUCUUGUACAAUCCGAGAUUGAAAGCUGCCGAAGCUGGAAAGACGGUCAUAGUGGCAAAUGAACAGAUUGAUGUCUUCGUUACUGUCAGGAACCCAUUCACGUUUGAUCUGGAAAUACAGGAUUUAUCUAUCUUGACUUCCGGGGUACCAUUCAUCACUUCCCCUUUACCACUUACCCUACCUUCGAACUCUGUUCAGACAGUCAGAGUUACAGGUCAAUCACCCAUCUCCGGUUCAAUGUCAAUCAAAGGUGUAUCGAUCCGAUUGAAUGACGGAUCUUCAAACGAAUUCUUGAUCCCUAUAAUAGAUGGGAAAGCAAAAUCGAAAUUGGAUAAAAGGAAAUCCAAAAUAAAAUCAGAUUUGAGUAAAGUGAAAAGAUCAGGAUUAGAUGCUAGAUUCAAAUCAAUCGAAAAUUCCAAAAAUCCCCAUGCCCAUGCCCAUCCACAUGGAUUGGAGGAUGGUGCUGUUGAUAAGAAAUGGUUAGAAUGUAAGGUGGUUCCUGAAUUACCUCUUGCAUGGAUUAAGAAAACUACCUUGACUCAUGGGACUGUCAUGUUAUAUAAUGGUGAAACCUCAACUAUAAGAAUAACACUGGAAAAUUCAUCUUCCGUUCCUAUAGACUUCAUUAAAUUGACAUUUGACGAUUCGACUGCGCGAGAGGCACAAGCGAUAAUCCAAGAUGGUGAAUUGACCCCCGAACAGGCAUACGAGAUCGAAUAUGAUCAGAUGAACAAACCUGUAUUUACAUGGGAUCCGAAAGAUGGAGCAGGUAAUAAGUUGGAGCUAAGACCCGGUGGAAAAGUGAAUCUCGACGUGAGGUGUUUGGGUAAGGUCGGAUGCACGGAUGGUACGAUCAGGAUAGACUAUGGAUACCUCGAUAGAUCAUCUUCAAGCUCCGCUGAAGAAAGGCCAAACAACGAUUCAGCCCCAAGUUCAUUUUAUACUCGACAGAUCACUUUCCCGAUAUUGUUUACUGUGUAUUAUACGAUUGAAGCUCAUUCUCUUGACUUGAUACGCUUGGGAUCAUCUUCUGAAAAUCUCGAUGCUAUUUGCAGACCUAGUGAGAAUGGACUGGUUGCCAAUGGUGAUACCUCGAAACUGGAAAAAUCCACCUCAACUUCGCAGAUCAACGAAGAUCGAUUGAAGACUGCUUUGAAAGUUGAGAAUGAUGGUAAACACUGUCUGUUGGCUUUGAGCGUUAGGAACGUUUAUGGUGUACCGUUUGAGAUUACGCUGGAGAGGACUGGUCAAGAUGAGGGACCAGUACAAUGUACGAGGUUAGUCCCUCCAGGAGCGACCGAACUCAUGAUCCUUCCUCUCCCACGUCUAUCGAUCCCACAAGACCUGCUCUCACGUCCUAUUCCCUCUUUGUCCGAGAGACAAUACAUAGUGGAUAAACAGAAGAAAUCUGCUAGUAGGGCGAAGAAGGAUAGAGAACUGUUUUGGUAUCGCGAAGAAUUGUUGGGCAUGGUCAAAGCAACUUGGACAGAGCCCGGAUCGAUGAGAAGAGGUAAUCUGAAUAUAAGAGAUCAACUUUUCUCUUCAUCUUUGUUGGAUAUCCUUCGAUCGGAUGAAAUUGAUAUCACCCUUUCACUUGACAGGGAGGGUGACAAAGUGAACGUGAUGGAUUUCGUCAAUCUCGAAGUCAAAGUGACGAACAAUCUCGAACGCCCUUUCAGACCUUUUAUCCAUAUCUCACCUUUACCCACUUCAUCAACUGAACAAUUAUGGACUGAAUCCCCAACUCAUCAACAACCCAAACACCGAAAUUCAUUCCAACCUCAAACCCCUACCACGACUUCCAAGAAUGUAUUAUUUGAUGGAAUUGCAUCUACCAUCUUACCGCUCUUAUCUCCCGGUGAGAGUGUACAAUGGAAAAUAGGAGUUGUAUUCUUGGCUCUGGGCAAAUACGGACUGAGAGUGGCUGUUGAGGAGGUUCCCCUGAUCGAUCCUAGAAUCGAAGAAGAUGAAGAGAAGGAAAAGAAGAUCUGGUUUUCAUCUGUUUUGAAUGUCAUUGUGGAAUAA